UCGUCAAGACUCAAGACGUCAAAACUCAAAACAACACAGUUGAAUUUAAUCGCACCAUGUGUAUAGUUAGGUUUUUUGCUCGUGAAGCCUUUAGUGCUCAUAAAACAAAUGAAAUUCUUCAUAAAUUAAGAGCAGUUGAUCCAGAAGUACAAGAACUAUCCACGGAAACAUGUUAUCACGUGGAGUUAGCUGAGGGCUGCGAUUACCUCAACAUAAACCAAAUAAAAAUAUUGCAGUGGCUCCUGAGCUCGCCUUUGCAACCUCACAGCUUGAAGAAUGAGUCUAUGUACAAGUUUGUUAGCGAUAAUCAGACCAUAAUCGAAAUCGGGCCAAGGUUUAAUUUCUCAACAGCGGACUCAAGUAACAGUGUUCAAAUUUGUGAAAGCGUAGGUCUUCGUGAUGUGGUCAGGCUGGAAGUUUCCAUCAGAUACCUCAUCACCUUUGCCAAACCAAAAGAUGUUACCAAAAAUUUGUUUGAGAAGUUGGCCGCACCUCUGCACGACCGGAUGACCCAGUGCAUUUAUACAACUGAGAACUUGCCGAGGCACAGCUUCAAUGAGGGGUUACCAAAAAACCUGGAACCAUGGUAUGUGGUGCCAUUACUUAGUGAGGGUUUGCCUGCUAUGGAGAAGGUCAACACCAAAUUAGGUCUGGCUUUUGAUGCAUGGGACAUGAAUUUAUACAUGGACUUGUUUGUUAAUAAACUAAAGAGAGACCCUACAAGUGUAGAACUGUUUGACCUUGCCCAGAGCAACAGUGAACAUUCACGCCAUUGGUUCUUCAAGGGAAAAAUCAUAUUGGAUGGUGAAGAGGUACAGGAAUCAUUGAUUGAUAUGGUAGCAUCUACCCAGAAGACAUCUAAUGACAACAAUGUGAUCAAGUUUGGUGACAACAGCAGUGCCAUCAAAGGGUUUAAACAUACUAAACUCAAGCCAACCAGCGUGACAGGGCCAUCAGAAGUCAAACAGCAGGAGGUGGAAUCCGACAUCAUAUUUACAGCCGAAACCCAUAACAUGCCAACUGCAGUAGCCCCAUUCAGUGGUGCCACCACAGGUACCGGGGGGCGAAUCAGAGAUGUGCAGGGAGUUGGUCGUGGUGGUCAUACAGUUGCCGGGACUGCAGGAUACAGUGUUGGCAACUUGCUUAUACCAGGUUACGAUUUACCCUGGGAGGAGAAGGAUUGGCAGUACCCUAGCAAUUUUGCCACACCACUACAAAUUAUCAUUGAUGCCAGUAACGGAGCUUCUGAUUACGGAAAUAAGUUUGGAGAGCCCGUUAUAACAGGUUUUGUCCAAUCUUACGGAUUGAAAAAUGGAGACAAAGUGAGGGAAGAGUUUGUGAAGCCGAUUAUGUUUAGUGGUGGUAUAGGCUACAUGCCACAUAAUAUGAUCAAAAAGAACAAUCCAGACAAAGGCAUGUACCUGGUGAAAGUGGGCGGGCCGGUUUACCGUAUCGGCGUAGGGGGUGGGGCCGCGUCGUCAGUGGCGGUGCAGGGCGGCGACUCUAGAGACCACGCCCUAGACUUCGGCGCUGUGCAGAGAGGUGAUGCUGAAAUGGGCAACCGCCUAAACAGAGUUGUAAGAGGCUGCUUGGAGGCCGACAAGAACCCUAUUGAAUCGAUUCACGACCAAGGCGCGGGCGGUAACGGUAACGUGCUGAAAGAGUUAGUAGAACCUGAGGGGGCCGUGGUAUUCACCAAGGAGUUCCAACUGGGAGACCCCACUAUAACCACACUUGAACUAUGGGGCGCUGAAUACCAGGAGAAUGACGCUCUUCUGUGCAGCAAGCAGAAUAGGAUAGUUUUAGAAGAUCUGUGUCGCCGUGAAAGAUGUCCGGUGUCCUUUGUGGGCGAAGUCACCGGGGAUGGAUUCAUGAGUCUCAUAGAGGACUCCUACAACAACACCUAUAUUGACAGAACUAACAGACUCAAGCUUGAGACGAAGUCCAAAUUGCCUUAUGAUUUACACUUAGAAGCUGUCUUAGGAAAUAUGCCACGAAAAACGUUUGACUUGAGACAGGAGAAGCGUACUUUACUGCCAUUGAAUCUCCCAAGUGACGUCACGGUGGAAAAGGCUCUUGAUAGGGUUCUCAGACUAGUGAAUGUAGCCAGCAAACGGUACUUGACUAACAAGGUGGACCGUUGUGUAUCCGGCUUAGUAGCACAACAGCAGUGUGUUGGACCGUUACACACUCCCCUAGCGGACUGUGCCAUUAUUGCCCUGGGUUAUAAUGACCUCGUUGGUGCUGCAACAUCCAUCGGUACACAGAACGUAAAGGGUCUUUUGAGCCCUGAAGCUGGAGCGAGGCUGUCUGUCGGAGAGUCUCUUACGAAUCUGGUAUUCGCCGGUAUAUCCGAGCUAGAGGAUGCAAAGUGCUCCGGCAACUGGAUGUGGGCGGGCAAAGUGGGCGGGGCUGGCGCGGCGCUGGCGCGUGCUUGUCGCGCCCUCUGCGACGCGCUUGCGGUGCUCGGCGUUGCCGUUGACGGCGGAAAGGACUCCCUGUCUAUGAGCGCUAGUGUUAACGGGCAGACUGUAAAAUCGCCGGGUACGCUUGUGGUGUCUAUGUACGCUCCGUGUCCGGACAUCACGGUCAAGAUCGAACCCGCUCUAUUAGAGGAGGGUUCUGUCCUGAUUCAUGUACCAGUCACACCUGGAAAAUACAGGCUCGGCGGAUCCUCAUUGGCACAAUGCUACAAACAGUUGGGUGAUAAUUCACCAGAUCUGGACAACCCAUUGGUAUUGAAGUCCAUGUUCAAAGUGACUCAAAAACUCUUGAAAGAGAAGAAAUUAAUAUCCGGCCAUGACAUAAGCGAGGGUGGCUUCAUAACAACAGUUCUGGAGAUGGGUAUCGGUGGUAUCAGGGGUUUAGAGUUAGAUGUACCAGUGGAAUCCAAUGUAUCACCACUAGAGGCUUUGUUCAAUGAGGAGCUUGGAAUUGUAUUGGAAGUGUCGCCUAGUGACGUCACGUAUAUACUGAAUGAGUAUACUAAACAGGGUGUCAAAGCUAAGGUCAUCGGCAAGACAGGCAAAUAUGGAAUGAAUUCUGAGGUGGUUGUGAAAGUAAAUGGAAAACUAGUGUUUGAAUCAACACUGAUCAAAGUGUUCAGAAUGUGGGAAGAAACCAGCUACCAAUUAGAAUGUCUACAGGCCAACUCAGAAUGUGUCAAACAAGAAUGGAACGGUCUGGAGAAACGCAAAGGUGUGAAAUACAACGUGACAUUUGACCCUUCGGCUGCCAUAUUAAAAACGAAAUCUGUUCGAGUAGCUGUUCUAAGGGAAGAAGGUAUCAACGGUGACCGGGAGAUGAUAGCGUCGCUGAUGAUGGCGAACUUCGAAGUGUUCGACGUGACGAUGAGCGACCUACAGGCCAAGAAGAUCACGCUAGACGCUUUCCAAGGCGUCGUCUUCCCCGGAGGUUUCAGUUACGCUGACACACUUGGCUCUGCUAAAGGUUGGGCAGCCGGCAUUCUGUUCUCGGAAUCGCUAGACAAACAGUUUUCUCACUUCAAGAACAGAACAGACACAUUCUCUCUUGGCGUAUGUAACGGAUGUCAGUUGAUGGCUUUACUCGGAUGGAUCGAUCCCGAAAAGACACAGAAGUCAAGGGAAUCUCAAAUAUUCUUGGAUCACAACCAAUCUGAAAGGUUCGAGUGUCGCUGGAGUGCGGUAUCCGUGCGCGAGGUGUCCUCAGACCCGUGGUUCGCGGGUAUGGGCGGCAGCGUGUUGGGAGUGUGGGUGGCGCACGGCGAGGGUCGGUUCGCACCCGCCCGCCCGCUCCGCGCGACGCAGCUCGCGUUAUACUACGUAGACGAUGAUGGUGCACCCACUGAGGUGUAUCCGAUGAACCCUAAUGGCAGUCCAGGUGGUCUAGCAGGUGUCCGCUCCGUGGACGGUCGUCAUCUAGCCAUGAUGCCGCACCCCGAGCGCUGCGUGCUCCGCUGGCAGUGUCCCGUACCGCUGCCCGCUGUGACGUCACCCGCGCAGCCCGCGUCACAGGCCUCGCCCUGGCUGAGAAUGUUCCAGAACGCGUACCUAUGGGCGUCACAGCACUCAUAAAAUUAUGAUAUCACGAGUUUAUUAUAUUAUACUAACUAUUAAAAUUAUAUUAUUUUGAUAAGUUGAAUAAGCUCGAAUCUUAUAGUGCCAAUGUAAUAAUCCCGUUAUGUAUACGGUAUACAAUUUUGGAAUACGUGCGUGUACGCGGUAUACAGUAUACCGCAUACUUGUGGACGUAUUCCAAAAUUAAAUGCAUAUCACGAGUAUGCAAGUGUGUAUCAACUUUUAUAAUAAUUUUAUUUACUAGGUUGGCUGAACUAGAAUCUUAUACAAUUUAUUACAAGUUGUAAAAGCUACAUAAUAUUAUAAUGUUAACUCUUACAGUAUAAGUUAUAACUCAUUAUUGUAGUACUGAUUAAAAAGAGCUAUAAUAUGUCAAGAAAAUUAAAGUUUUCUUUAUUAAAAUGAGGACUAACAAGUACAAGUCCUUAACCCCUACUAUUGCUAUGUUUUAGUUUAAUUUUUAUUGAGUAUGCAUUCCUUAUGCCAUUCCUAUUUUUUUCAUGAGUAGGUUAGUGGGCUAAGUAAAUCAAACAAAUAUUAUAUUUUUAAGUAUAGUUUUAUAUGUAAAAAAUAUACAAAACAAGUCGUCAUUUUAUACCUACACUUUGUAGAUCUGAAUAAAUUUUAAAUUAGUGAAUCAU